AUGGCCAGGCAAUCUACUUUGCUGCUUUUCGGCGGCCUUUUACUCUGUGAAGCUCUCACGGUUCCGCGACAUGCCACCCCGGUAUCCGAGCGAUAUAUUGCGUCGCGCGAAUACGAUUUCAUCAUUGCUGGAGGCGGCGUCGCCGGACUGACUGUAGCCGAUCGUCUUACCGAAGUUCCAGAUGUGAGCGUUCUCGUCAUCGAAUCCGGCGCUGUCGACCGUGGCGAAGACUUCGUUUAUAUUCCAGGGUCCUAUGACCUUGUGCCGUACAGCUGGCCUGGCUUGACGAACGAGCCAUCCAAGGAAUUAAACAAUCGUGUCUUCGACUCGGUUGUUGCGAGGGUUGCUGGGGGCGGCAGCAUUGUAAAUGCUAUGAUUUUCUUGAGAGGCACUUCAUUGGACUUUGACGGCUGGGAGUCGCUUGGGAAUGAUGAUUGGGGUUGGGAGGGUAUGCUACCAUACUUCAUCAAGAGUGAGAACUUCACCGAGCCAACCCCAGAGCUUGCCCGUGAAGGAAAUCUUACAUGGGAUGAUUCCGUCCGUGGGCAUGACGGACCCGUUCAGUACACAUACCCAAAUUACAUAUACCCUGGACUUGGCGUGAUUCACGAUGCUGCCCUGCAUAUCGGUUUGCAACCAAGGCUCGACCCAAACGCAGGAGAGAACACUGGUGUUUUCAACCAGCCAUUCGCCAUCGAUGCAACUACUUGGACCAGAAGCUCUGCAAAGCGAAACCACUACGAUCCAGCUGUUAACCGUCCCAACUACCAUUUCCUUUCGAACACAACUGUAGCACGGGUACUCUUUGACGGAACUCAAGCCAUUGGUGUUGAGUAUCUCCCUAGUGCAGGUGGCCAAACAUCCCGCGCGUACGCUUCUAGAGAGGUACUUGUUGCCGCCGGUGCUCUUCAUACACCUCAAAUCCUUCAGCUCUCCGGGGUUGGUCCCCGCCGUCUACUUGAGUCACUUGAUAUUCCAGUUGUGUCGGACUUGCCCGGGGUUGGAUCUAACCUGCAGGACCAGACGACUUUCCCCUUUGUGUACACAUGGGCGAACAGCCUCACUCCCAAUGCCACCACUUUCCUGACAAAUACUACCUUUGCUGAAGAACAACGCGCGCUUUACGAUGAGGGUCUCCCAAGUGCGUGGACUGUCACCGGAGCACUUGCGCCCAAGUUCGCCUUUAUGUCCUACGAGGACGCAACCAUAGGCACAGCAUACGAACGAAUUCUCGCCGAUGCCGAAGCUCGCGAUCCGGCGGAAUCACUGCCUUCUGAUGUCGAUCCCACAGUUCUCGCCGGUUAUGCCGCCCAGAGACAGCUGAUGUUUGAUGAGUUCCGCGACCCAGGCCUAUCCGUCGGUGGUGUAUCAUGGAAUACCGACGCAAACGUCCAGGUCUUUAACGUAAAGCCUUUCAGCCGGGGCCACGUCUACAUCAACCGAACGGACCCGCUUGCAAACCCAGUCAUCGACUUCCGCACAGCCAGCGACCCGACCGACUUUCAAUUGCACAUUGCCCUGUUCCACAAGCAGCGCGAGCUGUUCAGCGCACCUUCUCUUGCAGCCCUAGGUCCCACUGAACUGGUUCCAGGCCCCGACGUGCAGACAGAUGAGCAAGUUCUCGAGACAAUGAGAGAGAUUCUGCAACCUUCUAACGGACACCAAUGUUGUUCGGCGCCCAUGAUGCCCCGGGAGCUCGGUGGAGUACUUUCCUCGGAGAUGAAAGCAUAUGGCACCACUAGGUUGCGGGUUAUUGACAUUAGCCAUUGGCCAAAGGAGCUUGCUGGCCCGCCGAUGGCGUCCAUCUAUGCUGCUGGGGAGAAGGUUGCGGAUAUUAUCAAGGCCGAAUAUGGCUGGCUUGAGUGA